AUAUACUUAAGCCGGCCCUAGAAGAUGCCAUCAAAAUCCAUGACUUCACAGCAACCAGGUGCGGGAACUUCAAGGAAGCGUCGCCACUUGUCUUUCGUUCUUGCGCUUUUUCUGGCUUACCAAGCGUCUUAUCGUGGUAAGAGUGGUGUUUUUGGCGUCGUAAAAGGGUAAUUUACUGAUACAGAAGAAAUCAUUUUUCUCUUUAGUGUCCCUUUGGUCCCCAGAUAUUUUUUGCUUUUUUUUAAGUAGCGACAAGGUUUGAAGCACCGCCGACGAAUCUCGAUCAUUGCAGCCAUUUUUCUUCCUAACGCUGUUACUAAAAUUACUUAGCAACAUUGUAUUCUAGUAAACAGUGCUUUGAAAGAUGGGAAAAUGAGCCUGCGGAGUCCAAUUUAUAGUGUAAACUUUCAUUCACGAUAAUACAAACUUUAUAACCAUGCAUAAGCCGCACAUGAAAUCGAAAGUGUAUGAAUAGCAGCGCCGGCAAAACGAAGCGUCGACGGCUUACGUGAAUCCUGUUUUGGGGGUGUGAGGCAACGGACUCGCGGGUAGCCCUGGCAGUAAAUUGUUGUUUUACCUGUGAUGUGAAUGAACUCCAGUGUGAGAACUCUUGUUAUUGUGUUGAUACUAAGUGGACUGAAGUCGGCCCUAAAUCGAGUUGCUGUUUCGAGUCCUGACAUGUGACUGUCAACUUUCUUUUUUGGCAAAGUUGCCUUGAUGGGUCCAGUUGUGCCAUCAUGGAUGCCGUGGUAGCGGUAGCCAUCAGUGUGUUAGCAGUGGUGUUUGUCAGCUCCCUGGUUGCCCUGAUCGUGGUAUGCCGGCAUCGGUACUGCUCCAAUAAAGACCACCUCAGCCGUCAGCUACAGGACUCACGGCCUGAUGUACACCUGAUCCACAGUCAGAAUGAAGCAGCUGACAUGGAGCUUGAUGAUGUUCGCUUGCACCCGGACAUUGAGAAGAUUUUGGCAGAUGAGCAGUGGGUAGAUGAUGCUACGGGACUUGUACCACACUGCCUGGCUGUUCUGAAGACAUGUCACCAGCUGACCGAGCGCUUGGUGACUGCCUCGAUGGGUUCGGUUCGGCGACCGGCAACACAGGCGCAGCUGACCGAGCUGGCUCAGCUUGCACAGAGGGUCGGUCCACGGGUGGACGACGUGGUGCGGGCCAUGUACCCACCCUUGGACGCUAGGCUACUGGAAGCACGUUGCACUGCCCUGAUGCUGUCUGUUGUUCACCUGACAUUGGUGAUGCGUUCCUUCUGUGGCCAGCCCAGCAACCCUGGCUGGAUUGAUGAGUACUUGGCACAUGCUGAAGGACACCUUCAGGUUCUUCGCGAGGCUGGCCUCGCUGCAGAUGCCACAAGCCAGCAGAUGCCGCAGGCUGGUGAUGUCUCUGUGCAGCAGCAAAUGGCCACUGGCAACGUCUCCACAUGGAGGGCAAGUGUUGACCGCCAUGUAUCAGCGUGACGUCAUUGGCCGACUUUUACUGUUGUGCUGAGUUUAGAUUCACAACUUGCUCCUGUGUUGAAUGGUUAUGUGAUUUGGCUCACAACUAAGGGUGAGUCACAGAGUGUAAUUUCUUUAGACAAAGUAUUUCUGAGCACUAGGAUGAAGUCUGUAGACAGAUACUGCAUCAAUGUUUAUGCUGAAGUGUGUUACCAUUUUGGUGGAUUUCCUGCCAGACUUAGCAGCUUUUUGGCUUGUCUAGCUAAAAAGAUUCACUUUUUGAGAAUACUGGAUUUUUUAGCUGAUUUGGGAUGAGAUUUUUCUUGCAUAACUUUUUUUAAAUAUUUGCAACAAUAUCGAACCAGCUUGCACAAGUUUUAGUGGAAUGACAUCUGUGAUUUGUAGUGUUUUCUACAGUAUGGACUUUGCUAUGAAAUGAGCAUUAAUGCAACUCUUCUGUUGCGUUUUGCAUUAUAGAACAUGAAGGAGAACCUUUAGAAUGUUAUUCGGUAAGCAGUUUGUUGUUGACACAAAUGAGUCUUAUAUCUGCCUUGCAUUUGUCGCAUCACAAACUUUCAGGCCUUAGAAAUGCCUCUUUACUGUAUCUGCAAAUUUUGUUAAGGAUUUCUUUGCAGAAAAGUUUUUAAUGGAUUGAAGACAUUUAGCAUAUUUUAGCAGCAUUUGAAUGUUGAUUUAGAAUUACUGGUUCAACAAGCAGACACAGAAGUCACGAAAAAUAUUUGUGCACUGACAUCCUUCCAUUAUCAUUUUCUUCCCAUUAUGUUGCUCUCAAGUGCAUUGGCAGAAUGGGCAGCAGUAGAGUGAAGUGCCAGCAUCCUGAGAGCAAAAAUGUCACAUCUGUAAAAGCCUUCACUAUUGUGAAGUCUUGUGAAUUUCAUUGUCGACUGGCUUCACCUAGUUAUAGCUAAUAACAUAGUUGAGCCCCUUGGUUCCCCUCAUUAUUCUCACUGCACUAUAGGUGACGUCUAAAACAUGGCGGCCAUGACGUGUUUGUGACUCUGCAGUUACUUCCAACGCAUGCAGUUUGCAAAAACAUAGCCUUUGAGAUCUGUUUCUGUUACUCAGAGGGAACUGUCAGUGGGGCGUGAAUUUGGACACCACCUAUUGUGAAAUGUUAUGCUGUUAUACAGUAGAGCUUGAGUGAUGCGUUCUUGGUUGUCUUACUGGCUGCUAUGUUGCGUUAAUGCAGUCCCGGUGAAAAGUCCAUACACUCUUCCCAUUUAUUGUAUUUCCAUUUGCCUGCCACAUUUCACUGUCACAUUCCUUCAUGUUACAUUGCACUUUCCAUGAAAUGGUGGCGUAAGUUGUGCAAUAUGCAGAGGGAAUAAAAGUUUGUUGUGCAGACGUCUUUUAUAUCGUGGAUAAUGAGCUUCGUUUACAUGUAUGCUGGCUUCCAUGGCAUGUCACUCCCUCCAUCAGGCAGCUAACCCCAGCGAAUCAUUAUGAUCGUCAUUUGCAGCUAGUAGCUAUCUGAUUGUAAAUGCAUAGAAAGGCAUGAAGCACACGACAGCUGCCAGUCACAAUAGCCAGGGUAGUGUCUCUAGUAACACCAGUGUGAUUCUUUUAAAACCUUGAAGGUCAGCUUUGAAAAAUAAGCCAUUUUCAAAUCAAAAUUACAAUGUCUCCUUACCUUUUGCUAGGCUUUUAGCUGCUGGUGUUUCCUGCAUCUUGGAAUUUUGUUUCUCCGUGAGAAAUGUUUCACUAGGGUUUUACUUCAUUGUUUUAAUUAAGUAAUGAUCACAGAAAAUGACUGUUUUGGAAUGCAUUUGGUAUGAGGCUGGUCACUUGCCAAGUGUGUAGUACAAUUUGAGGUGACAAGACAGACCUUGACUUCUUCCUGUGCGAUGCUCUUCCUGGAAUUGCCAUUGUGACUUGUUUCCCAUCUUUAGCAAUCUCUGAGCAGGCUGAUCGAGAAUGUGGCACCUAGAUACUGGUUUCCAACAGAUAUUUGUUGGACUUAAUCAUUACAUUAUGUGGUAUUUUCAUAAACCUUCUUGAUGUUGUAUGAGCAGAGACACAGAGGCUUUUGUUCACGAUAUUGUAGCCUCUUGAUUGCUUUACUUGGACUGAAAUUCUCAUGUAUUCCUUGCAGAGGUGUGAAUGAGCCAUUGUGUAUGGCUUUUUGACAACUGCGAAAUGUUUUGCUUAAUGAUAAUAGUAGUGUUGCUUCUACCAUCAAAGAGAUAUAUAGGUCGAAUCUCAAGUUACAGUUAGCACAAACACAAUUCAGCCAUGGUCAUUUCCUUAGAUAGAAUUUGACGCAAUGCAUGUAUAAGUGGAGGUACCACUAUGCAGUUCAUACCCGAGACAUGCACCAAUUAAUUCAAACAAACUUGCCUUCUGGCACAUACUGCUUAUAAAUAGAUGUCAUAGUACAAGUAAGUACAACAUGUUACUAGUCAGCAUGCGACUAAACAUGAAGAUGGUGACAGUACACAUGUGGUUAUUUGUACAUUGCCAGCUGAUGCAGUCUUAUUGGUUUGAGCUGUGAACCACGACAUGAUAUUACAGUACAGUUGUGUCUUUUAACUGUCAUGUGAUUCUUGAGAUGUACUGUAUUGAGAUUGUGAGUGAGUGACAGCAUGUGUGAUGAAAACACCACUAGCAUUAGUUUCCUGAGCCAUCGUGACUUGUGGAGGAGACCUUUUUUGAGGCUGAUUUUGCAUAGAUAUGUUCAAAGGGCUGCACAGCCUAAGUGUCUGUAGGAGAAAAGUGCUUGUCAUUGCACAUAUGCUAUAGCAUACAACACUGAAUGAGGAGGAGCAUGUUUAAUAUAGCGCAGUACUCAGUAUGACGAAUUAUUGGACAUAAUGAAAGUAAAUCAAAACUGUUUCUCACUGAUAUCAGUAUGUAGUGAAUAUAUGCUUAUAAUAAAUAACUGAUAUAACAAAGUGUUUUUAUGCCAGAUACGACUGCAUUAUAACAAUGUUCAACUGUAUUUUAAUGUGUCAGUACAGCAUAUCUAUUUCAUAAACUUACAUAAUUUUCUUACAUGUGCGAUUGUUGUACCUUAGCUGUUUCUUUUUUAUUUUUUUUCAGAUCAAAUUAUUUACUCUUAUAAAAAGGUACAAAUGAUAGAUCUGAUGGGGUGUUGCAAACACCGUGUGUAUACUGGUGAUAUUUUGUACAUGUUUCUGGAGUUUGCUGAAAAUGUGCAGAUAUAUUUGGCGAACUUCGACAGCUGCAGUAACCAAGGUGCACAUUGUUUACUGUGAAGCCAGGGUGGCAUUAUUUGAUAGAUAGAUACUCUUGGCAUCUGACUUGCAUUUUUAUUUCUUAAUAAGGAUCUGUACAGUUUUGCUUCCUAAGUCCUAUAAGUGCACUCAUGUAAAUUAUUUGCUCCCUCGCAUAUUAAGAAGCCAUUGUUUGAUAUGUUAAAAAAUGUCGGGCUCUCUUCACUUUCUGGACAUUCUGGUCUUUCCACACGUAACAGUAUAGACUGAGAAAACGCUAGACAAAACCACGUCAUUAAGCUAAAGCUUCUGAGUAUAGCAAAUAGGUUGCAUAAAUAGGCAGCCAAGACUAGACCAUUGUCAAAUAAAGAAAGAAUUAAAGCUCAUUUCUGAGCACUUAUUCAACUGGAGAGCUUUUUAGGCUUUUCACUGAAUAUCACAAAUAAGUGAUUAAAUAUCUUAAUGCAAAACUAAAUGAACAAAAAAAAAUUGAGAAACAUUUUUAAGGAAUAAAAUCAUGAAACUACUUAUGGCCGUAAUAAGCAAUGAUGUCCUAGAACAAAGCCAUCAAAUGUGCCUUUAGUUUUAGGGAUCAGUGAAGCUUGCCCUUCACUUUAAUUUUUUUAUUAUUUAUUUUUUUACUCUGACACCUCUCUCUCUUUUUUUUUUUUAAUAACCACUUAAAGCGCUCAAGCAUCAUCUGAUUUUAUAUUUGCUCUUUGUGUCGCUUAAAAUGACACAUUUCCUGCUGCCUUGGCUUUGAUAUACAACUCAUGAAAAGUUAGGCCACUCAUGGAAACCAAGUGGCCUUGCCUUUUUAAUUGACUCAUCAAGACUGCUAAUUGGGCUAGUUGAAAUGUUGGAUUCAUAGUUACAAAAGUUUAAUGCAAACACAAGGGACGAAGAAGUUAAUGCAUGAAUGUAUUCUAUUGAAUGCAUAUUGUUUUCAGGUUGGAGUGGCCAGGACAAUCAUUUCAUUGCAGUGACUUGCAUAGUGUUGAGUGGUGCUGCAUUUUGUAUGGCUACAUGUACAAUCCUGCACAUUCCAAGGCCCUAUCUACAUGCCUUAGACAAGUGUACAUAGCGUAGUAUCCUGCUUUUGUUAGUGUCAUGUACGUCAUGGAAUCUGUGUGUACUCACAUUUUACCUGAAGUGUACCUGUUUUACUUUGCUUUUGGUUCUCACAUACAAAGGUGAUUGUGCUUCUGCUUUUCAACAUAUUAUGACAUGUGCACAUGUUAAGAAAGCUUCCUUACAAUUGCUUCCGAGUAUUUAGUACUCAUUACAUUCUUUUUUUUGUGUGUUUGUGCAUUUAUUGGUGUGCACUCUGGCCUUCGGCAUAUUCAUACUAUUUAUUCCUGUGGCUCUUCCUUAAAGAUCGACAUAGUUUUGCCUGCUGUUUCAUACUGAUGUAUCUCUGCUUCUCAUUAUGCUUUGUAGUGGUCCUGAAGCACUUUUUCGGCUAAUCAUGGAAUGGCCUUACUAUUAAAAGACUUCAUCACACGAAUCUCAUGCCAUAAUACUGUUUCAGAUCAGACAAGUAUAAGUGAAGUCAUUGCACCGAUAAGCAGUUUUCUCUCUCUCUUCAUCUCUGCUAGCACACUGGAAGCUACACAGGGGCGAAAUCAAAGGGGGCAAAGCCCCACCUUACAAUUGAGUGCCUUGGUGGCGAAAAAGCACGCCUAGGCUAUCACGGAGGCCACAUGCAGCAGAUGCAUCUACUCGCAAUUGUCAUGUGUAGACCAGCAGUGCAAAGAUAUUGUUGUCAUUUUGACAUUGCAGACACAUAUAUGAUUAAUUUAUUUAACUCAAAAUUAGCAAUUAUGUAUUACUCAUAAUGCUCUCAUGAUGAUGUCGCAUGAUGACGUUGUGUUUGACACAAGAUUGUAAGCUCCCUGCUGCAUGCAGUGAAGUAAUAUUUGGAUCACAUGUUCACAGCAGUCUCUACAACAGAUCGGCAAUUUUCUUAUUAUGCUAAAGAAGUGUUUCAGGGCUUCCUUCAAGCACUUGUUAAAUGACAUUUGGUGUUUCCUUUAGCUUGGCAAUAUUAGAUAUGUACUUUAUUUUCUUGCUUCAUUUUGUUAUAUUUUACCUUUAUAUAAUACCCUGGGCUUUUCAGGGGAAUACUCCUAAUUGGGUAAAAGCAACAUGUCAUUUGCAGCAGCAGUUGGCACAAUCUAUCUAACAAUCAAAAUAAAUGUGUCAAUUCUAUGACUGGCAGAAUUAUGGGGCAUUAUUCUUCCAGUUAACAUUUACUUAUGAGAAAAAUUGCAGUUCAGGAAAGUGGUAACUGCAACACCAAGUAUGUAUUUUCUAAACUAGGGCUGAGUGCAUGAUUUCUAGCAGAUUGGCAUGCUUUGUCUUUUACUGGCCAUGGUUUUGAAGUUGCAACAUGCCCUUUAAGGUUACCUAAUAUAAUAAGGUAAUAUUAUUUUAUGAAUUCGUAAUUCUCACAUGGUCUUCAUGUCUGUGGCCAUGAAAGAUGUGUUGCCUAAACAAAUUAUCUCUUAACCUUCACUGCACUGAGUUUCAUGACUACUCGUACUCAACAUUCCAUGAAACACCUGGCAUAAUGCAGUACAGGGUGUUUGAGUCUACCAGUUACAUUUUAUUGGGACUGUUAAAUUGUGAAGAAGUUUGUUUGCUGUUUGGUUGUCUGGCUUACGUGACCCCUAGAUUAAUGAUAACUUGUGCACUUGUGUUUGCAAUUAAAGCUUCUUAAUAUAGUUACCUGAAAGAGCUAGUGCAUUCAAGGAGCAAUUUAUUCCCAUUCUCAGCACUAUAUAGCCAGAUGAAAUUCUGAAGAAAGGAGUUUGCCAUGCCGCCACUGGUCACGGUGGCAGUAUGUGCUACAGUCACCACACCUGCCGCAGUCACCAGUGGCAUAGUUGCCAAGUAAGAUAAGCAGGAGCACUGACUCGCACGGUAAGGUCAUCCAGCUAGCAUCCUGCCAAUUCAAACUUCAUGGAGUAACACAUGACUUAUAGCAACAGCUGUGCAGUGCCUGCAUUAUUUCGAAAUUCUGAUGGUAUUUUGAGCUCUCAGCACAGCAGUCAGCUUAUUUUGCUUUCUUCCAGCUGCAGAUAACAGAAGGCUUCGAUGAGAUGCAUUUUCAUCACACUGACAAAGUCGAGCUGACACUGUUCAUUAUCACACACAAAUAUAUUUUUUUUCUUGCUGCCCUGCUUAUAAGGUUGCAGGCACAUUAAGCCAUAACAGCUAGCGGAAAUAGAAAAGGGAGAGGGAGCAUAUUACAGAGGCUCAAAAAAGAGUAGUGGAAGGCAGCGCUGUAAAAAGUUAGAAUUGGCAUGUUGGUGCGUCGUUGUUAGGACGUAACAAGUGCAUUAGAGAUGAACAGCUUGGCGCUCCUGCCCAUGUUCCUCCGUGGAUGUGGUCCCAUGUGCAGCUGCUCUGUGGCUGGCUCACUUUCAUUUUGUAUCUUUCAUUUUGGAGCUUUCGUGGUGAUGGUGACGAGCACUAGCAUCUGUGAGAAUGUCUUUGUAGUGCACAGUGUAAUGAUGUAGAUUUGGUGUGCUUCUAUCAUUAAGGUAACCAGCCUCUUGCAAAAAAAAAAAACAAUAAAAGCAGGCUGUGCUCACUUCUGGAGUGAUCUCAGUGGCUGCGUGAUGAAAGGCAGGGGUGGCGAGAUCUCCAUAGGUGCUCUUUUCCUCUGAAUUUCAGCAAAUGUGCAAAGGUAAGAUACACUUGUUAGCUUCCUCAAUAACAUUCUUGUUCUAAAUCUUGUCUGGCGAAGUGACAUCGAGGAUAUGUUUUAAUUGCUUGGAAGCAAUGGCACUGCGAGACAGCAAUUUAGAAAGAUGUCUACUUUGUUAAUUAUGCUUGUGACUGCAUAACCAUAUCUAUAGGUCAACAACCUGGACACUCAAAUAGUAAGCAUACAGUCGCUGCAAUUUAAUUGCCCUAAUUUUAGAAAAUUUUGUGCAGCUGCUGAAAGACACCCUGAAUAUUACAUAUUGUAUACACACACAUCAUAUUGCAGAUGCAUAUAUUUUCAUAUCUUGCAGUAUUAUUGAGCUCUUGGCAAGCUUGUGCAUCCUGGAGCAGUGGCUGUGGGGAGCCAGUGAAAGAUCCUGCCCUGUAAAAAUUAACUUGUGCAAAUCCUAGGCCCAUAUUAACUUACUUUAUUGACCUUGUGCCUUAGAUAUUUCUGUUCAGGAAUAUUUGGUCUGUGGAAGUGUAAUGUUGACUCACUGUGUAAGGCUCUGUCAUGUUUCCAAGAAAUGACUAUACAGGAAAUAAAGAGCAGUCAUUGUCCUUAAA